UGCCUGCGAGAAGUCUUGCUAUGAACCCCAAGUGGUGUCUGAGUGUUAUUCUGUCUGUGAUCUGCUGCCAAGCAGAAGGGGUUCAUCAGCUGCCACAGCCACUAAAUGUAUGGGUCGAAUGGGCCUAUACGACAGGACAAAAGGAUUUUUGCCUUAGCUUGCAAACGGCAAGUUCCCCCUUUCACACAUGCCUCAUUGGUUACCCCGAUAUAAGACACUUACGAUGGGAGGAAUUUGGAGGAAAAAGGUCAUGUUUCAGGAAGGUUACCAAAACCUUCAUGGGCACAGAGAAACAGGAGGUAGAGGAUCAGGCUGAAAUAACACAGUGCUUGCUUAACACUCUCAACAUUUCUCUUCCCGGGGACCCACAGGAGCUAGAUAUAUUAGGAUCUCGGGGAAUCGGGAACGAAACAUGGACCUUGGCUAGAAACUGGACAUAUCCUACCGCAUGCAUAUCCUUUGGGGUUCUAAGUUUUAGGAGGUGGCCUACACUAGCCCGUGGAUUUACAUCUGUUAGCCCUUACGACCCUGCGUACAAGCAAUGGGAAAGCUACUGUGGAUUCUCUGCUCCCAUGAUAUAUGGAGGAUACGGUAACAGCACUGCAGGCUGUGUCUAUAAAGAUGCGGCUUGGUAUAGCAGCAGGGGCAUAUACAAUGUAGAGUGGUUUGAUUAUAAUACCACCUAUGCCUUCACGCUUCCAAAUGGGGAGCGGAGAACAUCACCCCCCUGUAACCACCCUCGAACCGGAACGGGAGCAGGUGGUUGUUGUUUCGGUUCAAUACCACAUGAUCCCAAGAAAGUUCAGGGGAACGGCGACACAGCCAAGGCACUGCCGCCGGGAUUGUUCCUCAUCUGUGGGGACAGAGCCUGGCAAGGUAUUCCUUUAAGGCCCCUAGGCGGUCCUUGCUAUAUAGGCAGGUUGUCGGUUCUUACCCUCAACCAAACCAAAUUAAGGGAGAUAAAAGGUCAGAAAUGCUUAGAAGCACGAAGGGGGCGGCGCUCGCUACAAACAUUAGAUCCAGACUGUGGCGACUACGUGCGACUCUGGGGACUGACCGCACGUAUUUUCUGAUCCAUACUACCAUUCUUUGGUACCGCGCACGCGUUAAAAGAAAUUGAACGCCUGUCGUGCUGGGCGGUAAAACAAGCCAACAAGACGUCGGAUCUUCUAACGGAAUUGGUCGCGGAUAUCGACGGAAUAAGACGCGCUGUGACUCAGAAUAGAGCGGCCAUAGACUUUCUGCUUUUGGCCCACGGGCAUGGUUGUCAAGACUUCGAUGGGAUGUGUUGUUUCAAUUUAAGCGACCACUCACAGUCUAUCCAUGAGAAACUGCAAUGGCUGAAACAACACACCGAGAAGAUUAUGAUGCAAACUGACCCAUUCUCGGAUUGGUUAUAUAACCUCUUCGGCGGUUGGAGUUCGUGGAUAACACCCAUAGUUAAAGGGCUUUUUACGAUAGUUAUAAUCAUAUUGUUAAUGCUAAUGAUAGUUCCCUGCUUCAUCCGCUGUAUACAAGGAGGCAUUGAGAAGAUGCUAGAUAAUGCCUUCACCCAACGGAUGGAAUUCCGCCGGGUUCAAAGGGGAUUAUAAACCCAUAUCAUAUAACCACAUUGUAACGGGGCAAGGCUUUCGGCAUGGGGAAACGCUUGCGAUCGCGCUGUAACGGGACGCGCCUUUAGCAUGGGGAGGGGGAAAUGUUGUAUUAGGCGAGCUAUGGCAUGGCGGGUGUAACGUGAUAGGACCCCUCCCCUGUACCUCUGGUGUGAAGAUACGUGACAUAAGGCCAACUGGAGUUUGAUUACACCACGGUGGUAGGCGGGGACGCGGGACCUAUAAAAGCGAAAUUACACGACUAAUAAACGCCAUUUGCCUCACA